AUGGGCCGGAGCCCGACAGCUUUCUUCAUUGGGAGGGAUCUGUUCACAUUCAGGGAUAUGGCCAUAGAAUUCUCCCAGGAGGAGUGGGAAUGCCUGGACCCUGCUCAGAGGACUUUGUGCAGGGAGGUGAUGUUGGAGAACUACAGGAACCUGGUCUCCUUUGGAAUCCAUCCUUUUGACCUGAGUGUUGUCUCCGUGUUGGAGCAAGGGGCAGAGCCCUGGAGUGCGGACGGCCAAGUGAAAGUAUCAAGAAACUCCGAUGGGUGGGAAUGUGUCAGAGGUGUGACCACAGAUAAAUCUCCUAAAUGUGUCAUCAAGGAAUUUCCACCAAAAGGGAAAAGUGAUACAGGAGAAAUGUUCCAUAUAGUAGUGUUGGAAAGAAAUAAAAAGCAUGACACUGAAGAAUUGUGCUUCGAAAUCUGGACAAAUAUACAUGACUUUAAGGGUCAUUGGAGAAAGGAUAAAAGAUUUGUUACAGGAUUAUGUGGGACUCACAAGAUUAUUUACACUGAGAAAUCUGUUAACAGCAAUUCUUCAGUUUCAUCCCACUGAAGAAAUCCUUUUAGUGUCAAAACAAAUAUUUCUCAUGAAUAUGAAAAUGACUUUCUUGAUUCUUUAUUUUUCACACAAGAAUUGGUGAUGCCCAUUGGUACAAAACCUUACAAAGGGAAUGAAUGUGACAGAUCUUUGAACCAAAGCUCACACUUCACUAUACCUCAGACAGUCUAUGCUGGAGACAAACAAUUUCUAUGUGAUAUAUGUGGCAAGGUCUUCAAUCAGAAAUCAAACAUUAAAAGUCUUCAGAGAAUGCAUACUGGAGAGAAAUCUUACAAAUGUAAAGAAUGUGGUAAAGUGUUCAGUUGUAAUUCACACCUUGCAGGACAUCUCAUAAUUCACACUGGAGUGAAACCUUUCAAAUGUAAUGAAUGUGGCAAAGUGUUCAGUUGCAAAUUCUGCCUUGCAUGUCAUCAUAAGAUUCAUACUGGAGAGAAACCUUCCAAAUGCAGUGAAUGUGGCAAAGUGUUUAGUCUAAACUCAUCUCUAGUACAUCAUCGGACAAUUCAUAUUGCACAGAAACUUUACAGAUGUAAUGAAUAUAGCAGUGUUUUCUGUCAUAAGUCAUCUCUAGCAAAGCAUCAAACAAUUCAUACUGCAGAGAAGCCUUACAAAUGUAAUGAAUGUGGCAAGGUCUUCAGUCAUGAGUCCUACCUAGCAAACCAUGAGAGAAUCCAUACUGGAGAGAAACCAUACAAAUGUAAUGAAUGUGGCAAGGUCUUCAGUCAUGAGUCCUACCUAGCAAACCAUGAGAGAAUCCAUACUGGAGAGAAACCAUACAAAUGUAAUGAAUGUGGCAGUGUUUUUUUGUUGUAAUCUCAAGUCUUACCAACCAAUCAUCAGAGAAUCCAUACUGGAAAGAAACCUUAUACAUGUAAUGAAUAUGGUAAAGUGUUCAGUUGUAAUUCAUACAUUGCAGAAUAUCUGGAGAGAAAUCUUUCGAAUAUAGUUAAUAUGGCAAAGUGUUCAGUCUAA